AAAAUCAAACGUUUGUUAGCUCCCCGUGGUAAAUUGGUAGAGUAAACGAUAAAGGGGAAGGAAAACCCUAGCAUAGCAGCAUAGCUUGGCACCCCCAAUCAGGUUAACGCCAGUCGCAUUGAAACCAAACCAAGCCAUCGUUUUACCUUUUUGUUCAAAUCAAAGCAAAGACUAUGGUUUGGUUUCAAUGCGAAGACUGUGGAGACAACCUCAAAAAACCUAAGUUGCCCAAUCACUUCCGAUCAUGCCCCGCCAACAAGCUUUCGUGCAUUGACUGUGGACAAAUGUUUGGUCGAGACACUGUUCAGAACCACACACAGUGUAUUACAGAAGCGGAAAAGUAUGGUCCAAAAGGCCAAGGAAAAACUUUGAAUGCUGCAGCUUCCAAGCCUAUCAAAGAUGGCAAACAAAGGCCAGUAGUUGAUAUUAAUGUGGGUUUAUCUGAACGACCUCCGUGGUUCUGUAGUCUUUGCAAUACAAAAGCUACCAGUAAGCAAGCACUUCUUCUCCAUGCUGAAGGAAAGAAACACGGGGCGAAAGCCCGAAUGUUCCAUGCUUCGAAGCAACCACCAGUCCAGACAGAUAAUUCUGCCCCUGAUGCAAAGGAUGCAGUGGAGACAGCUUCUAAUGGUAUGUCAAAAGAUGACAAAAUUGCAGAGCAGCCAAAGUUGCACGAGUCGUCUGAACAAAAUAACCUGAAACCGGGGAAUGAAGUUUCUUCUGAAAAGAAAAAGAGGAAACGUGAAGCAUUAGAGGGUGAUGUUAUUAAAAAAAGCAAGAAUGACACAUCAGUUGACGCGGAAAAUGGGGAAGUAAUUCAGGGCGAGAAAGCAAGAGAGAGGAAAAUAAAGUGGAAGAAGUUUAUCAAAGCAGCCUUGAAAUCUCAUCCUGAUGGAUUGAAGAUGAAGAAACUGAGAAAAGUUGUCUUCAAAGCACUGAAGGAAUCUAGCAUUGUGGUAAAUGAAAAUGAAUUGAGCGAGGCGAUUGAGCAGAAGAUAAACUCCAGCUCCAACUUUGCAGUUGAGAACAAGCAUGUGCGAUUAGUGGUCAAAGAUUGAACAUUCCUGUUGGAGAUGUCAUGACCAAGAGUCGUUAAUUUUUGUCUGCAAUUGUUUGAUAAACAUUUGUCCCUCAAAAGUAUCUCCUAGAAUUUAUGUGUGAACGGAUAUUUUUAUUUUUUUUUUGAAAGUGUGGAUAAUUUAUUGGUUUGUUGGUGCAAAAUUCAGUUAAUAUCUUGUUUUUAAACAAAAGAGAAUAUUUAGAUGAAGAUUCCGUUGGUUUGUAUGCUCAAUUACAAGUACCACACAGUGAUUUGGGUGCUUUUAUGGCCAAUCGUAUUAGAGAGCAUGAUCAGAUUUUUA